CUCCUUCCAGGUGGUAGUGUCGAGAAACACGGAGACGAGAGGGACACCGAGAAGGGAGUUUGGAUGUUGGAUGCUGCAUCAGGAAGCCUCGAGAUAAAGAAGAGGAAAGUAGAAGGAGAAGAAGAAGAAGAAGAGGAAAAGAGAAAGAGAAGAAGAAGAAAAAGAGAAAGGAAAGGAAAGAAAAAUCGGAGAAAUUUCUUCCAAGAACACGGGCCUUCGACGGUGCAAUGGCCGGGUUAGGAAAUCGGAUUCGUAACACAUGUGAAAAGUUGAUAAAAAGGAGGGUUACGAAAUAGCAUAGAAUAAAAAGAGAGAGAUAGAAAAAAAAUAAAAUCUCAUAGUUUAGAAAAAAAGAAAAGAGAGAAAGAGAAAAAAAAUAGAUCAGAAAAAAUAAAUAAAAAUAAAGAGAGAGAGAAAAAAGAGAGAGAGAGAAAUCGAAAAGCGAGAUCUUUAUCAAUCCAUUCCCGAUCUCUCUUAUUUGUGUGAAUCGUGUCGUAAAUAAAGUUCACGGAAGAUGAAAACCGUGAAACGAGUGACGAGCAACAAUUGUCCGGCCAGCGGCGAAUACCAUCACAGGCAAACAAUCCGCUUCUCAUCCACUCGAACCGUGUGUCGAGGGAAGGCGUUCUACCAAGCCAAUUCCGCCUCGCCGACGUCAUCAGCGGCCGUGACGUCAUCUU